UGUGAAACACAGAACAAUAUUUGACCUAUACAGGUACUACACGUUCUAAAAUGGGAGGUUUAAAAGCUGCACUUUUCUUUGGAAUUAUAGCUUAUUUAAUAUAUUAUGUAAGCUCUCCGUCUAGGACAUUAACCGUAAGAAAUGUGAACGACACAUACGACUACAUUAUUGUUGGGGCCGGUUCAGCUGGCUCCGUUCUGGCUGCAAGACUUUCUGAAGAUCCAGAAGUAAGGGUCCUUCUUAUCGAAGCCGGAGGCGAGGAAACGGAGAAUUUAACAUUCUAUGAUACGCCUUUAGUGGCACAACUUUUACAACAUUCUCAAUCUGACUGGGAGUACUUCUCAACUUCUCAAACAAAGUCUGGUAUGGCUAGUUUUAUCGGUGCUAAUAGACACUAUUGGCCUCGUGGAAAAGUACUUGGAGGAACAAGCAUAUACAAUCUCAUGCAAUAUGUGAGAGGAAGUAAAUAUGACUAUGACGAAUGGGCAGAACAAGGAUGUGCAGGGUGGAGUUAUAACGAUGUACUGCCUUACUUUCUGAAAUCAGAAGACUAUUUGGGUGAAGAACACCAAAGCUCAAAGUACCAUCAUGUUGGUGGACCGUUAGGCGUUAGUGAAGAGACUGUUUUUAAAGAUUUGGGGAGACGAUUUAUAAAAGCUGGUAAAGAAUUAGGAUACGUAGAAAACAAUGAUUAUAAUGGCGAGAGUCAACUGGGUUUUGGAAUCAGCCAAAUCUCCGUGAGGAAUGGAGUAAGAGCUAGUACUGCGAAAGAGUUUCUACGUCCAGCUUUGCUUCGCAAAAAUUUACAUGUUGUUGUAAAUUCCCACGCGACAAAGGUAAACAUAGAGCAGAAAAUAGCAACAGGUGUGACAUUUGUAAAAGAUGGUGUGAAGAAAAUCGUCAAAACAAGGAAAGAAGUCAUUCUAUCUGCAGGUGCGAUUGGAUCACCGCAUAUCCUAAUGUUGUCAGGAAUAGGCCCUAGGAAACAUUUAGAGAGUUUGGGAAUAAGUGUAGUUAAUGACUUACCUGUUGGAAAAAAUUUGCAAGACCAUCUUAUGAUCCCUUACCCCACUGACGUUAAUGGAACAUCAGAGGUCAUUAGUGAGUCGCAAGCUGAAGGCUCAUUAUCACUUAUGCAAUACUUACUUUUUAAAACGGGUGCUCUGUCAUCUACGGGUAUUACUGGAACGGCGUUCAUUAGGUCCAAAGAACAGGUUGAGGAAUACCCUGAUAUUCAGUUCCACAUUUAUGUCACUCAACCAAAUUUAGAAUAUUUCAAACUAAAUGAAACAUUUGUAAGAAAUGUGUACACGAAAGGAUUUAAGGAAGGUUUCACGCUGCUUCCAAUACUAUUGCAUCCUAAAAGUCGUGGUACGAUAAAAUUAAACAGUUCCGAUCCGUUCGAUUACCCAGAUAUAGAUCCAAAUUACUUCGACCGUACGGAAGACAUGGAUGUCUUAAAAAGAGCAAUAAAAAUAUCGGAGAAAUUACUUGAGACGGACACUUUUAAGCAAAUAGGGGCGAAUUCCGACAUGUACAAGAAUGCUGAUUUCUGUGCAACACAUGAAUAUAAGUCGGAUGAAUUUUAUGAAUGUCUGAUAACGAAUUUAGCCCACACUGUUUAUCAUCCGACAUCAACAUGUAAGAUGGGUUCAGACACAAACCCCGAAGCUGUCGUUGAUCCUGCGUUGAAAGUGAAGGGAAUAGAAGGCCUUCGAGUUGUAGACGCCUCUAUAAUGCCAAAUGUCGUUUCUGGGAAUACUAAUGCGCCAACUAUUAUGAUAGCAGAAAAGGCCGCUGACAUUAUCCGUGGCAUAGACUCGGUUAAGAACAUAAGAAAGCGUUUGAGCAGUGAAAAAUAAAUAGAAACACGGUGUAUAUAAUUAUGAUUCUUACUUUCUACUACAAAAUAUCAGUGGUAUAAACUAUAUGAGUUCCAAACAACUGUUCACUGAAAUUUCAGUAAGAGAGACAAAUGAUUCAACUGGUAUACAAUCAAUAAAUCAAUACUUUGUCAAAACUA